AUCGGACAUGGCAUUGGGCACAGAUCGGAAUAAUGAAGAAGCCUCUACUAAUGCUUCUUCUAGCGAGCAUUCCAGAGAAGCUGAUGCGCCAGAACUCAGCCACUUAGCUGAGAGUUCUCCCAUCAACCCCCCAGUUGCUAUAUCCUCUACAUGCUCAGGCGCCUCGGUCUUCCUGACAAUAACAUCGCUAUGCUUUUCCUGUACUCUAUCAGCUCUGGACCUCACAAUUGUGACAACCGCUGUGCCCACUAUCGUGAGCUCUUUCCAGUCAGUAGCCGGGUAUAUCUGGAUUGGCAGCGCCUAUAUCCUCACAUACACGGCCGUCACCCCCAUCUGGGGCUCAGUGGCUAAUAUCUGGGGCCGAAAGCCGACUAUACUUAUCUCCCUGGAGAUAUUCCUAGCGGGGAGCCUGCUCUGUGCCCUGGCUCCGCGUAUGGAGGCUCUGAUUGCCGGCCGUGCCAUUCAGGGUCUGGGUGGCUCGGGCAUGGGGAUCAUGGCGAACAUCAUCAUCAGCGAUAUGUUCUCUCUGAGAGAGCGGGGGUUGUAUCUUGCUAUCGUGUCGAUUGUUUGGGCUGUUGGGAGCGCCGCUGGACCUGUCUUGGGUGGUGUUUUUACUACUCGUUUGUCCUGGAGAUGGUGUUUCUGGAUCAACUUUCCGGUUGGCGCUAUAGUGUUUAUCGUCUUACUGUUCUGCUUGGAGGUUCCAACAACCAACACUCCAGUUUUGGCUGGCCUAAAAGCCAUUGACUGGGUUGGAAGUGCCCUCGUCGUUGGCGGCGCAUUAAUCCUUCUUCUUGGCCUGGAAUUUGGGAAUGUCGUGGUUCCCUGGUCGUCCGCUACAGUCCUAUGUCUGACCAUAUUUGGCAUUGCGGCCAUCGCCAUAUUCUUGGUUAGCGAAUGGAAAUUCGCUCGCAACCCUAUUAUUCCAUUACGGUUGUUCUCCAAGCCAUCCUCGGCCGCUGCUUACAGCGUCUUUGCCUGUAACGCCUACGUCUUUAUCGGAGUUGCCUAUUAUUUGCCUCUCUACACUCAGUCUGUGUUGAACGCGAAUGCUCUCAUCUCAGGUGUCUACCUGCUACCUCUGAUUGUCUCAUGCUCUCUGGCAGCAGCCUUUGCAGGGAUUUUCAUGCAGCAGACUGGAAAAUAUCUGCCCGUUAUGUACGCCGCUCAAGUGGUUCUCACUCUUGGUAUUGGCUUGUUUAUUGAUCUGGACCUGGAGGAAAACCUGACUAAGUUGUUCAUCUUUGAAAUUCUCCUGGGUAUCGGCGUCGGUAUGAACAUAGAGGCACCGAUUAUUGCGGCCCAAGCUGCGACGACAGUCCGAGAUACGGCCGUCGUCACUGCGACAAUGGGGUUUCUGCGGUCCAUCGCGACGUCGAUCUCCAUCGUUGUUGGAGGCGUGAUCUUUCAGAAUGAGAUGGACGCGAGGAAUUCUAGCCUCGUGGCUCAGAUCGGACAGAGACUCGCCAAUCGAUUCACCGGUGAUAAUUCAAUGGUUAAUGUGAACUUGAUCGGAACCAUGCCGACGAGUAAACAGAUUUUCGUCAGACAGGCAUAUUUUGAAUCACUGAGAAAGGUGUGGAUAAUGUACGUCGCAUUUGCUGGCAUGGCUUUGAUAUUGAACAUUUUCGUCCGUUCCCAUCGUCUAAGAAAGGAGCGUGAAGGAGUCGUACUCGGCGUCGACCGAGAAAAAGUCGAUUCAUCACAAAUAGAGAACAGACCGGAUUCAGAGGCCAUCAGGCUCGCUGAGAUCAAUGAUCAUCCACCUCAGGUGUGAGAUGCAUGUUCAUGUCAUUUCAUUGACCCUUGGAUCAUUUGAUAAGUUUUCGAUUACAAAUUCAGGGAAGCAUUUCCUGGUCUUUUUAUCCGGUAGUUAAAUUAUAUUUCAUCUGCCUUGAAUCUAUCUUGGUUUUGUGUCGUCUUGUCCUAGUGUUAUCACGGGUUUUGGCAGCAGCAAUACAUAUCAACCACGAGAAAGAGCAGGAGGCCGAAAUGUUAUAGACAUGAAAAGAGGGAAAAGGUACUAUGCACAUAUGGCCUAUGGAACUAAUGUUCCUUUCUGUGUCGGAUUUGCUGUAGGGAAGUUCUGCAGUUAACGUUGACGACUUGUUACGCUUUGGCUUGAGGUGUCUUACAUACACAAAACCUACUGUACGUUCUCGACCAAGGAAUAUAUGAAUUUGACUCCCUUGCAGCUGCAUAUGGUUAAGAUCAAU